CAGAAUUGCACCAUCAUUUUCGUGAGCAUGUGAAGAAGAGAAAGAAGAAAAAAAAAACGUGUGAGGAAAAAAUAGAGGGGGAGAGAGAGAGAAAACGCAUGGGAGUAGAGGGGAAGGGGAUGAAGAAUAAAAGAAGUAGAUCUAAGGAUUUAGAAGGAAGGGUUGGAAAGAAGAGACAAAUUUUUUAUGAUAACUCAUUGUCUCCUAAUCGAAUCAGGUCAAAAUUGCUUUUAGAUCGCGCUCGUCGGUAUAGAUCUCCUAUGAAACGUUUGGAGUCGUCAUCUUCAAUGUUCGAAAGUAGAACUCGACGUUGUCUUCAUAGUGAGUCUUAUUGUUCUUUUUGUAAGGAAUACGAAAACCAUGUAUGUGUAGAUGAGGUAGACCGUGAUGUUCCUAUCCCACCAUGGAGUUUUGUCAUACCUGAUGAAGAUGGUGAUGCAAUGACCAUUAAUAUACCAUCAGAUGUAAACAAAGGGAACCUUCAAAUUCCAGACCAUGUAAAAUGGAACGAAGAGGAUUUUAAUUUCUGUGUAAAAUUGGAUGUUCAUGUUUUUGUUUAUGAUCUUCCUCCACAACACGAUUCUGGCAUUGAUGGUGACGUUGAUAGUGAGGAGUAUAUGGAUAAUAUGACUAUUAAUUUUGUGGCGGCAAGCGAGCAAUCCAUUGAAAGACUGGAGAAAGUUUUGAUUAAAGAUGAUCAAAUUGUAUGUUCUAUUUGCUUUGAGAAUGUUCAUGUUGGUUUGGAAGCUACAAAGUUACCUUGCACACACACACAUAUCAUGAAAAAUGUAUUGUUCAGUGGCUACAAACUAGUAAAUUUUGUCCAAUGUGUCGAUUUGAGAUAG